AUGAGGGACAUAGCCAUCGGCUUGCACUACGUCCACCAUGAGUACGAACCAAUGGUGCUCCACUGUGACAUCAAGGCAAGCAACGUGAUGCUGGACUCGAGUUUCCGUGGCCGACUCGGGGACUUCGGCUUGGCCUGCAUUGUCGAUGUCAACAGGAACUCUGCCACCGGCAUUGGUGGGACACGGGGAUACAUGGCGCUGGAGUAUGCUCUGAGUGGCAAGGCAACGCGGCAGACAGACAUCUUCGCGCUCGGGGUGCUCAUCCUCGAGGUUGUCACGGGCCAGCGGGCGCUGAUUCACCGGGCCUCGGAUGACGACGACGUCCAUAUCACAGAUCGAGUGUGGCGCCUCCACCGUGAGGGGAGGCUAACGGAGUGCGUGGAUCCCGUCGUGCUCGCUGCUUUUUCCGAGGACGACGAGCAGCUGGCCCUGGACGUCUGCGAUGAUUUGCGACGCCUGCUGCUCCUUGGCUUGGCGUGUAGCAACCCCAACCCGUUGGAUCGCCCGAAUAUGCCCGAGGUGGUGCGGAUCAUCGCCAAGUCGGCGCCACCGCCGGAGGUGCCUCUAAUGAAGCCAAGGUUCGUGUGGCCGCCGCCAGAAGGGGAGGACUCGGAUGGUGACGAUAGUGCAGGCCCAUCGAGGAUGAGUAAUCUUGACGGGAGUGCGGCGAGCACAAGCGAGCUGCAAUGGCACACUCAGAUUAGCUUGGAGACGACCACGGCGCAGGCCUCCGGCGGACAUGCCUCGUUUCAACUGGAGCACUCUGUUUAUGUCAGCGCACCCGGUGGUCUUGCCUCCGAGAUAAUUCUGAGCGGGAUGUAG